CAGAGAGCCAGGGAGGCGGAGGGGGAAACCCAGAGACAAACGGAGACAUUGAAUUAACCUUGGGGUCUGCGCUGGAGUCUGCUCACCGCGGAGAUGGGACUUGAGCUGGAGCCGGGGCGCCCGGUGCAGCUGGUGCGUCUGGACGAGGAAGGGGACCUGACCCUGGACAGGGAGGCCCUGAGCCUCUGCCUGGAGCAGGGUGGGGUGGGGGACGCCCCCGUCUGCCUGGUGUCCAUCGUCGGGGAGCAGCGCUGGGGCAAAUCCUUCCUGCUGAACUACCUGCUGCGCCGGCUCCAGCACCCGCAGGACGCAAGGGAUGGGUCAUGGAUGGGCCGGCAGGACGAGCCCCUGGAGGGGUUUGAGUGGCGAAGGGACGAGCAGCAGGUCACCAAGGGGCUGUGGGCCUGGAGUCAGCCCUUCUGGGUCCCUGCCGAAGGCAGGCAGGUGGCCGUGCUGCUGGUCGACACCGAGGGCUCCAUGGACCUUGAACGGAACAAGGAGACGAGCAUCAAACUCUCCGCCAUGUCCAUGCUGCUCAGCUCCUACCAGAUACUGAACAUUGGCCGUCGGGUGAAGGACCCGGAUCUCGAAUACCUGGAGAUGUUUCUGCACGUGGCUGAAGUGGUGGGAGAGGCCUAUGGACUGGAGCCCGUUCAGCACCUAGACCUCCUGGUGCGGGACUGGAGCAGCUCCCCGGACCUUGGAGCCCAGGGUGGGGAGCAGUAUCUGAGAAAAGUCAAAGAGAUGGCCAUCAUCUUCCACAACCAGGGAGUCAUGGACAGAGCCCGCCGCGACCACAAUGACUUUCUGAAGAAGUCGGUGAGUGAUGGCAGAACGUUUCCCUCCUCUGAGAAGCUUGUAGUGCAGCGCAGGCAGUUGCUGGAGUGGUGCCGAAAGGAAAUGCUGCCGAAGACAGAGUCCCCACUGAAUGCAGAGCUGAUGAAGGACAAAGAGGCCCUGCUGAGGGAGCUGGAGGCAGAGCUGAUGUGGAUGGCUGAGUCCUUCAAGGCAACUAAUGAGAAGCACAAGAAGAUGGUGCUGAGAGUGGUCUACGCAGCUGCUCGUGCUGGGGUCUUCGCAGCUGCUGAUGCAGCUAGGGUCGUCAUAGCUGCUCAUGCUAGGGUCGUCGCAGCUGCUGAUGCUGGGCUCGUCGCAGCUGCUGAUGCUGGGCUCGUCGCAGCUGCUGGUGCUGCUAGGGUCGUCAUAGCUGCUCGUGCUGGGGUCGUUGCAGCUGCUGAUGCUUGGUUCGUCGCAGCUGCUGGUGCUGGGGUCGUCGCAGCUGCUGGUGCUGGGGUCGUCGCAGCUGCUGGUGCUGGGGUCGUCGCAGCUGCUGGUGCUGCUGGGGUCGUCGCAGCUGCUCAUGUUAGGGUCGUUGCUGGUGCUGGGGUCAUCGCAGCUGGUGGUACUGGGGUUGCAGCUGCUGGUGCUGGGCUCAUCAUAGCUGCUGAUGCUGGGCUCAUCGCAGCUGCUGGUACUGGGCUUGUCAUAGCUGCUGGUGCUGGGCUCGUCGCAGCUGUUGGUGCUAGGCUUUUCGCAGCUGCUCGUGCAGGAGUCGUCGCACCUGCUCGUGCAGGAGUCGUCGCACCUGCUCGUGCAAGAGUCGUCACAUCUGCUGGUGCUGGGCUCGUCGCACCUGCUCGUGCAAGAGUCGUCGCACCUGUUGGUGCUGGGGUCAUUGCACCUGCUCGUGCAGAGGUCGUCGCACCUGCUCGUGCAGGAGUCGUCGCACCUGCUGGUGCUGGGGUCAUCACAGCUGCUGGUGCUAGGGUCGUUGCAGCUCUUGGUGCUGGGGUCACCGCGGCUACUCGUGCAGGAGUCGUCGCAGCUGCUGGUGCUGGGGUCAGCACGGCUGCUCAUGCUGGAGUCACCGCGGCUACUCGUGCUAGGCUCAUCAUAGCUGUCAGUGUGGGAGUCGUCGUAGCUGUCUGGGCUAUUUUCAUCAAGUGUAACUGAGGGAACAGCUAUUGCUGCUGGUGCGGGCGGCAUAGCUGGGAUCUGGUCAGGCUUGGGUGAGGGGGAGAGGGACUCUAAC